AUGGGUAAUAAGUCGAGUUCUUCCGCUUCAGCUUCGAAAAGAAAGUUGAUUCCGACAAUUGAAUAUUCUUCGGUAAGUUUUUAUAAAGUUUUAAAAAAAGUUAAAAAAUUACUUUUUUGGGUGGCUGUCAAUUUUUUCCGUAUUUUCUAAUACUAACCAGCUGAAAAAUAUAUGGCGAACAUUGUUUUGAGUGAAAUUUCUCAAUUUUUUUUAUGUUGAUAACACCUUGUUUCGGCACCAUUCCAAUUCUAAAUAAAAUCAAAAUUUCACACUGCCUGACCUUAUUUCAAAUAUUGAAAUGGUAAUUUUACAGACGGCAGCAUACGUUUGCCACAUCAUCGAAUUGAUUUCUGAUGAAAAUGUCGAACUGACUUCAAAACUCCAAAUACAAAUCUCAUUGCUUCAAAAUGAGAUUUCGGCUCUUUGGAAUACUCUGUUUGCAAUGGCCAGCCACGAAAAUUAUCCAACUCCACGUGUUUGUCCUCUCGUUCUAGCAGUUGGAAUCAAAACAAUGAUUCAGCACAUUUAUUUGUGCGAGAACACCAAGAAGUGCCAAAAAGAUCAAUGUGGAUAUUAUAGAGAAUUGUUGAAACAUUCUCGCGAUUGUGUUGACAACAAAUGCCAAUUGUGUUGUAAAAUCAUUCAUUUGAAGAAAGUGGUAGAAAUUCAAGAAACACUCAAAACAUUGCAUUUGGAAGAAGAUAAUGUUUCGAUUUCAUCUGGCUUUCAUUCGAAUGUUCAAUCAACUUUGGGUGGUUCAACGGCUGCGAAAGCUGCUAAAUGGGUAAGUUUUCAGUUUUUCUCAUUUUAAAUCAAAUUUAAAUGCUGCCGUCGGCUUCUUUUUGAAUCAGAAAAUUUCUCUACGUCUCUAUAACUCUCACUGACUGAUUUCUAUUUUUGCUAAACAGAUGUUAACUCAGAGCUGUGAAAAUUUGAAUAGUUUGAGCUUUUGUUGAAAGCUGUCAGAUUAGGUUCACCUACUGUGUAGAUAUUAAAUGUUCAGUCUUUCAUUUAGGCAUUUCCAUUAAAACUAUUUUCAGAAAGUUUGUGAACGUGACAUCUGUUUUCUGUAAAACCAAAAGAUAGAAAAUGUUUUUAAUUUUUAUUUCCCAAAAGUUUACUAAUGCACAAAAAAUUACAAAUAAAUCUGAAUGGUCAAUUUUGUUUAAUUUUUACUCAUUUAUGUAUGUGUAGCGAUCUUUUUUAACAUCCGUAAACUUCCAAAUUUCUCAUCAUUAUAAUCUUUUUCCAGCAUUCAUCAAACGAACUUGCAAUUUUUUCGGAAGCGAAUUACGACUGGUAA